UUCAUGCAAUCAGCUUCAUGCAACUCACCUGUAGUUCCCAGUAUAAAGCCUUGUCAUCAACUCUCAGUCUCUGCCAGAUUUUCAUGUGCUCUGCUAUGAACUUCCCGCUAUCUUGUACCUUGUCCCUCGUUAGUCCUGGUUCCCUGAUCCUGCUCAUGCUCCUCGGUUUCAUGAUCUCUGCCUUUGCCCUCGUCGGAUUCCUCCUGUCAUCUGCUUACCCGGUAACGACUCCUGCAUCACUUCUUGGUUUUUCGGCUCUUGGAUUUUCCCUCAUCGGCGCGACACUUCAUUGGAUUACACGGCUCUCGACCCCUGCUCAGUUUACGGACCCACGACUCAAGCCUGCCCCACUAAGUCUGGUAAUUCUUUUGAUUCUGAUCCUUGCUUAUCCCUGGAYCCAGUUCUUGUCUGUUGGACUCAAACCCCAAACAAUUCUGAACGGUGACGACAUCACAUGGGCUCGGACCCUGUCAACUCAAAUCAGUGACUGUGUAUGGAACACCCACACGAACACAGAAGUUCCAGUCCAACUCGAUGUCCUGAUCCAGAAUCACACCAAAGCCUUGCACAUCAACAAUAAAAUCUGUAAAACUGUUUUUGAGUUUGGCAUUAAUUCAGAGUUCAAAGACCGGUUCAUAUCAUUUUAAUUAGAAUUUUGAGCGAAUUUUAAUAAUUUCGCAAAAAGGAAAAAAUUAAGAAAUG